UUUCCGGCAAUUAGUGUGCGAUACUAGCAGUCAACAGUCAUGUCAACUGAUGAAGACUCCCAGGGCAGUCCGCUCUGCCCAGCAACGCCAACAUCCGGGGAGCGGGAACGCGACCGCGAUACACGGGAGCGGGAACGGGAGAAGGUUAAGGGCAGGGGCAAUGCUGCCGACUUGCUGCGUCAUCAGCAAAGCUUCGAGGCGAGAUAUAGCAGCAUUAUUCAGAAGCAAAUCUGGGAGACGACCAUCAACAAGGAUGUGAUGGAACGACAACUUAAUGCAUACUUUCCCUUUGCGCGCAGUGCCUCACUCAACAAGGACGGUUCGCCGGGAUUCUACCUGAAUCCCAGCCAGGGCACUAGCGAGAGCUCGAUGAAAACCCGUUCCCUGGGCACCACGCCCAUCAAACAACGUUCGACGGCUUGCCUCGAGAAACUAGAAACUUUGGAUAUAGCCGAGAAGCAGGAAACGCCGGGUAAAGCAAAACCGUAGAGAAAGGACUUUGUAAAUUACUACGAAGUACCUUGAUAUUGAAUUUCAAUAAAUGGGAAGUAAAGGUAUUAUUACUGCAUUCCUAAUACCUUGACGUCUUCAAAUUUAAGAAUGGUUAUGCGAUAAUAUGAAAUUUGCUGAAAUGCAGCUCGAACCUGAACCGAAAAAUCUAAGAUUUGUAUU